GUUUUCUGUCAGGUGUGGGAUGAAAACGCUCGCUAGAUACCCACACGUCGGCGACUCCAAUCAACCCACGUUCCCAGUGCCCACAUCCCACCCUAUCUCCCACGCACCCCUACCUACCUCGGCUGCACCCCAACCUCAUCCCAUCAUCAAUCAUCUCCCUCACCUUCCACCAUACCGCCCCGUACCCUACCACCAUCCCAUCACCCAAUGUCUCCAACGCAAUGAACACCACCAGCGACCGCGAAAGAGACAGAGACAGAGACAGCCUGCUACACCACAUCUCGCGCGAAGACCUCAGCUACAUCGCACACACGCAGCGCACGCUGCGGCCGCGGCCGCCGCCGCCGUCGUCGUCCUCAACCGCCGCUAGCCACAGCUCUUCCCACACCAGCGCGGGAAUCUCCCUCGAUCCGCAGGCGCUCUCGCAGCUCUCGUCGCACUUCGACGCCCUGCUCUCGUCCAUCACCUCGCGCGUCGAAUCCUUAUCUUCGCAAACCCUCAAAUCGACGACCGCGCACCACCGGCGGGCCAACAGCGUAGCCGAGCAGGCGAACCGCGAGAUCGAGCGGCUGCGCGAGAUCCUGCGACAGUGCGACGAGCUGCAGAAUGAGUUUUUGAAGAUCAAGCGUAUCGGCGAGAUCGUCAAGGGCUUCAGGAAGAGGGUCGAGGUCCUCGAGGGCAGGAUUGGGAAGUAAUUACGGACGGCCGGCUGGGAGGCGCCGGUCGCCGGGCGGGG